GUUUAUGAGUUAUUACAUCGAUAGAGUCUUCGCUUUCGAUGGCCUUCCUCGGGAUGUAAAGCCACAAUUUCCUCCCACUUCUCAUUGCUUCAUCAACCUCUGCUCUAAACACUCACACCUUCCAAUUAGUCUUUUCCGACUAGUAGCUGUGGUUUUUGACUCACAUGGUUGUGAAUGGAUGCUAUUAAGGAUAACGGUGAAGUGAGCAUGGCGGAAAAGAAAAGAGAAGUGGUGGUGGCGAUUCCAAAUGAGGGUGGUGGUGAAUCUUUAUCUUCGAAGCUGCAGAGUAGGGUGAAUUCGCCUCACAGAACAUGUACUGACAACGAGGUUGUUGCAAAGUCGCCACCUUUGAAUUGUGCUUCCCCCGAAAUAAGGUUCGUUCCCAGCCCAAAUAAGCCCCCCAAAGUUCCCACUUCCAAUGCCAACCUCACCAACAGAAAAUCAUUCACAAGGUCAGUGUAUUCCAAACCCAAAUCAAGAUUUGGAGAACAACCUUAUCCAGUUGAUGGGUCUGUUUUGGAAGAGAAUGGUACAUCAACUUUGCAAGAACAAUUGGGUGUUAGUUCACCGUAUAAAGCAUCACCUAAUAACAACAAGCCAGGGACGUUUAAUAGAACUGUCUCCAUCACUUCCGUGAUCACUCCCAAGACGCCGUUGAUGGCGUCUCCUGGGCAUGCUGAGGAGGAUUUUGAUGAAAUCAUUUACAAGAAAGUUGAAUUGAGUAAAAGCAAGCGUAAGAGAUUGACUACUAAGGUUUUGAUUGAGUGGUUUGUGUUUGUGUGCAUUGCGGGUAGCUUGCUGGCUAGUUUAACUGUUGGGAAACUGAAAAGGACUGAGAUUUGGAGUUUGGCGUUUUGGAGGUGGUGUGUGCUUGUGAUGGUGACCUUUUGUGGUAUGUUGGUUACCAAGUGGUUUAUGCUCAUUGUUGUUUUCUUGAUUGAGACCAACUUUUUGUUGAGGAAAAAGGUGCUGUAUUUUGUACAUGGACUGAAGAAAUGUGUCCAGGUCUUCAUUUGGAUUGGUUUGGUUCUUCUCACAUGGGUGCUUUUCAUUAACCAUGGGGUCGACCGAUCUGAAUUGGCCACAAAAAUUUUGAAUGGGGUGACAUGGACUCUUGUUUCCCUUCUCAUUGGAGCAUUCCUGUGGUUUGUGAAGACACUGUUGCUGAAGAUCUUGGCAUCAACUUUCCAUGUCAAGUCUUUCUUUGAUCGAAUUCAAGAAUCAAUCUUUCAUCAGUACAUUUUGCAGACUCUCGCUGGCCCUCCACUUAUAGAAGAGGCUGAGAAAGUUGGGGCAUCACAAAGUGUUGGUCAUUUUAGUUUCAGGAGUACAGAUGGUAGAGGUGGCACAAAGAAAAAGGCUAUUGAUAUCGCGAAGCUUCACCGGAUGAAGCGGGAGAAAGUUUCUGCGUGGACUAUGAAGAUUUUGGUGGAUGCAGUGACAAAUUCAGGGCUGUCCACAAUCUCUAAUGCUCUAGAUGAAAGUUUUGAGGAUGGAGAAAAUGAUCAAACUGAUAAAGAGAUUACGAAUGAGAUGGAAGCAAUUGCUGCUGCCUAUUACAUUUUCAUGAAUGUUGCUUCCCCUGGUUGCACGUACAUUGACGAGGACGAACUCCGGAGGUUCAUGAUUAAGGAAGAAGUGCGUGUGGUAUAUCCCCUACUGACUGAAGCUGAAACGGGGCAAAUUACCAGAAAAUCUUUAACCAACUGGCUGUUGAAGGUAUAUCAAGAACGCAAAGCAUUGGCACAUGCCUUAAGUGACACCAAAACAGCUGUAAAACAACUGAACAAGCUUGUCACAGGAAUUCUAGUAGUGGUGACCAUAAUAGUAUGGCUUCUACUAAUGGAGAUUGCAACAACAAAAGUACUUUUAUUCCUCUCAUCGCAGCUAUUACUUGUAGGUUUCAUGUUUGGAAACACAUGCAAGAAUAUAUUUGAAGCUAUCAUCUUCGUGUUUGUAAUGCACCCAUUUGAUGUUGGUGAUCGAUGUGUUAUAGAUGGUGUUGAGCUAUUGGUUGAAGAAAUGAAUAUAUUGACAACAGUCUUCUUGAAGCUUAAUAAUGAAAAGGUGUACUAUCCAAACUCUGUUCUUGCCACAAAACCGAUUAGCAAUUAUUACCGAAGCCCAGAUAUGGGUGAUGGUGUAGAGUUCUCAAUUGAUUUUACGACACCAGCAGAGAAGAUUGGGGCACUCAAAGAAAAAGUAAAGAGGUACUUGGAGAGAAAUCCACAAUACUGGUAUCCUAAUCAUGGCUUAGUAGUGAAGGAGAUUGAAAAUGUAAACAAGAUCAAGAUGGGUCUCUAUGUUACCCACACAAUGAACUUUCAAGAGUUUGGGGAGAAGAACAAGCGGAGAACUGAACUGGUUAUGGAAAUAAAGAAAAUAUUUGAAGAGCUCAAUAUCAGAUAUAACCUUCUUCCUCAAGGUGUUCACCUCAGACAUAUGGAACCAGACACGAGUGUACUCAAUAGAUGAUUCUUACUCAUUGCUAUGCAGCUGCAUGCACGUGCCUCGUCUGUUUAUUUCUUUUCACCUGUUAAAUUCCAUCAAAAGUUUUCUUUGCUGGAUCAAUUCAUGAUAGUUAGGAGUGCUGCUUUACUAAAAGUAUAGGGCUUUAACAGACAAUACUAACAACGAUUAUAAACUAUGACUUUAGGACUCAUGUAUGACUAUACGAACCUUCAAAGUGGAUCCAAUUUUGUCCCACAAUUGAACUUCAUCCUCUGAGUCUGUCUAUAUUUCUGAUGUUUGUUAUAUGGAGGUUUAGCUUGGUCUCUUUUUCUGUCAUAGUUGGAUUUCCUCUAUCACUCUCUCUCUGGCUGUAGUAAUUGAGAUAGAUCCUAGGCCUAAAAGGAAAGUGUAACUGUAUCUGUACGUGAAAAUGUUUUACUUCUUCUACCUCGAUUGUCAAUGGCAACGGUUUUCCAUUUUCUUAG